AUGACUCGCAUCGAUGUCUCGCGUCCGCAGUUCGACCAGAACUCGUAUUGGGGUCGCGCGCGACACUUCUUUCAAACCACAAAUCCGUUGAAUCUUUUCGUUUCGUCCAAUCAUUUGCAUGAAUCGCGAGAAAUCGUCCGACGCCUCAAGCGCGGCGAAGACGUCGACCUCUCGGAGGAGCAGUUGUGGCGCCACAAACAGAUCUACGACUCGGCCUUUCAUCCCGAGACCGAAGAGAAAAUGAUUCUUUUCGGCCGAAUGUCGGCUCAGGUGCCCAUGAAUAUGGCCAUCACCGGCUGUGAGUCCUCCCGCGCCCUCCCGUUCCCCCACUCACGCCCUCUCGCCCGCAGGUAUGCUCACGUACUACAAGAGCACUUCGGCGGCCGUCUUCUGGCAGUGGUUCAAUCAGUCCUUCAACGCUGUCGUCAAUUACACGAACCGAAGCGGCGACACUCCGCUGCCCCUCUCGUGAGCCCUCUCCAACUCGCGACGGCGUAUUCGGUGGCCACUGGCGGCGCGCUCGCGACUGCGCUCUCUCUGAACCGAUUGGCGAAAGCGGCGCCUCCUGUCGUCGGGCGUUUCGUUCCCUUUCUAGCCGUUUCGGCCGCCAAUUGCGUAAACAUUCCUCUCAUGCGAUUCCAAGAACUCCGUGACGGCCUCCAAGUGGUCGACCAAUCUGGCGCCCCCGUCGGCAAGAGUCGCACGGCUGCGCAGUGGGCCAUCGCGCAGGUUGUGUUCUCGCGCAUCGCGAUGGCCGCCCCCGGAAUGACUCUUCCGCCGCUCCUUAUGGAUCGACUCGAGCGUCGGGGCGUCCUCUCGCGCAUGCCGUGGAUCUCAGCGCCGCUUCAGGUCGUUCUCUGCGGCCUUUUCCUCACGUUCACGACUCCCAUGUGUUGCGCGCUUUUCCCGCAAACCUCUUCUCUCGACGCGAGUUCUUUGGAACCAGAAAUCGCCGCUCUUUUGGCCAAAAACGGCUCUCAAAAAGGCUUUUAUAAUAAAGGCCUCUAA